AUGGGGAAUUACUCAGUGGUGACUGAAUUCUUUUUGGUGGGACUCUCCCAAUACCCAGAGCUCCAGCAUUUUCUGUUUGUGCUCUGCCUCAUCAUGUACCUGAUAAUCCUCCUGGGAAACAGUCUCCUCAUUAUCAUCAGCAUACUGGAUUCUCGCCUCCACACCCCCAUGUACUUCUUUCUCGGAAACCUCUCAUUCUUGGACAUCUGUUACACAUCAUCAUCCAUUCCUCCAGUGCUUGUUAUAUUUGUAUCUGACAGAAAAUCCAUCUCCUUCACUGGCUGUGCUCUGCAGAUGGUUGCCUCUCUUGGUUUGGGCUCCACUGAGUGCGUCCUCCUGGCUGUGAUGGCCUAUGAUCGGUAUGUGGCCAUCUGCAACCCACUGAGGUACCCCAUCAUCAUGAACAGGGUGCUGUAUGUGCACAUGGCUGCAUGGUCUUGGACCAUAGGCUGUCUGAACUCCUUAGUGCAAACAGUCCUGACAAUGAUGUUGCCUUUUUGUGGAAAUAACAAUAUUGACAGUCUUACCUGUGAGAUUCUGGCCCUUCUUAAACUCACAUGUUCAGAUAUCUCCAUCAAUGUGCUUAUCAUGACAGUGGCAAGUAUUGUUUUACUGGUGAUUCCCGUGCUGUUAAUUUUCAUUUCCUACAUAUUCAUAAUCUCUUCCAUCCUGAGAAUUAGUUCCACUGAGGGGAGAAAAAAAGCCUUUUCUACCUGUUCAUCCCAUCUAACUGUGGUUAUCUUAUUUUAUGGUUCAGCCCUUUUCAUGUACAUGAAGCCCAAGUCAAAGGACACAAACACCUCUGAUGAGAUUAUUGCACUGUCUUAUGGAGUGGUAACCCCAAUGUUAAACCCCAUCAUCUACAGCCUGAGAAAUAAGGAGGUGAAAGAAGCUGUGAAGAAAGUCCUGAGCAGACACCUGAAUUUACUGAAAACAUGA